AUGGAGCUUUUUCUUCCCCCACCUUCUCCCCCGCAGGGGGGAUGGGAGUGGACGGUGCUGCCACGGCUGGCCUCUCAGACUCCGCCUCGUUCAGAGAUAGGGGCGGUACCGGUCUCUGAGGCUUCCCCGCCUCUGCCAGCUCCGUCUCUCCGAGCGAUCCCGUCUCCGCCUCUCCAGGCGGUCCCGCCCACGGCUUCACAGGCCUCCCUGCCCCUGCCAGCGCCUGCGUCUGAGAAGGCAGAAGAGGCACUUCCUGUGGUUGCUCUGUUGCUAAGCGACAACGAUAUGUCUCCAGCUUCCGGCUCAGCGGAGGAGUUGUCCCCUCUGCUGCUUCCUUCGGCCCCUCCGCCGUUUCCACCGGCCCUCCCACCGCCUCAAGCCGAGACGGUCCCUGUUCAGGACGGUGUUGGAGACGGUCCCGAACCCGCGGAAACCUCGGGGCAGCCCGUGGCUGUUCCUACACUCAGCGUGAUUCCCUCCCCGGUUCCGGCUUCCCCCCCGCUGCUUCCACUGGCCGCCCCAGCGGCUCUGCCGUUGUCGGAGGCUCUGUCCUCUGUGUCAGCGUCAGAGACUGCCCUGGAACCGGUGGCUUGUUCGAACUUGGACCAUCCUGGACUGGCUGCUGUAGCAGCCGCCCCGGUGGGGGGUCUCUCCUUCCGUGGAGCGGGGGCUGCCCGCCAGCUGACUCUGGGGGCAGCCCGUCUCCCUGUUUUUAAGAUCAGCAUUCUUGGCAGUUUGGAGGGUGGUUUUUUGGGGAUUGUCCCAUGGAGGUUUUCAUCUCUGCCGCCUCUUUUGUGCCCUAGUGGCAUGGGGGGGCAGGUGCAUCCAGAGAGUUCUGCCUCUGAUCCCCAGCCUGGAGGGGGUGGGGAUGAUGCCACGGGGCGGAUGAGAGACAAACCUGAUGCAUUGCAGAGGGAGAGGGCACAGUUGGAGGAGACCAUAGCUGGAGGAAGAAUUUCCUGCCAGUCGAGGCCCCGCUCUCGCUUCCCCUUGGGAGCCACCUUCAUCAUCAACAGUGACUUCUUCGAACGGUUCUCCUUCUUUGUUACAGCAGGUGUGCUCAUUAUAUAUUGCAUAAAUUUCCUGCGCUGGGACGUCAGGGUCACUGCUGCCAUCUACCACACAUUUGUUGCUCUGUGUUAUUUGACGCCGAUCCUUGGGGCCAUCAUUGCAGACUCUUGGCUGGGAAAGUUUAAGACCAUUCUCUACCUGUCCAUUGUCUAUAUAAUUGGGCAGGCAGUCUUGACUGUGAGCUCCAUAAAUGACCUGACGGAUCACAACCAGGAUGGCUCUCCUGAUAAUGUAGCAGUGCACACUUCUCUGUCCAUGGUUGGCUUGAUCCUUAUUGCCUUAGGUACUGGUGGGAUCAAACCAUGUGUGUCAGCAUUUGGUGCAGAUCAGUUUGAAGAUGAUCAGGAAAACCAAAGAAGUAAGUUCUUUUCUUACUUUUAUGAGAACACUGCUGUUGCAAGUUUCAUAUCUGCUAUAGUCAUCCCACGGCUCAUAGCUUCAGAGUGUGGCAUUCAUAGCAAACAGGAAUGUUACCCCCUCGCUUUUGGAGUUCCUGCUGCCCUCAUGGCUGUUUUCUUGGUUGUGUUUGUAAUUGGAAGCAGAAUGUACAAGAAAGUUAAACCACAAGGAAAUGUAAUGCUUGAAGUUUCCAAAUGUGUUGGAUUUGCCAUCAAAAACAGGUUUCGUCAUCGCAGCAAGGAGUUCCCCAAGAGAGAGCACUGGCUGGACUGGGCAAGUGACAAGUAUGAUAAACGACUGAUUGCUCAGAUAAAGAUGGUGUUGAGGGUGCUUUUCCUUUACAUCCCUCUCCCCAUGUUCUGGGCACUUUUUUACCAACAGGGGUCAAGAUGGACACUGCAAGCCACAGCAAUGAAUGGGGAUUUUGGUUUUCAAAUUCAACCAGAACAAAUGCAGAUUGUGAAGCCAAUCCUGAUUGUUAUAAUGGUCCCAGUUGCAGAUUAUUUGGUUUAUCCUUUAAUCAAGAAAUGCAAGCUGAAUUUUACGCCCCUGAAGAAGAUGACUGUGGGGAUGUUCCUCGGCUCCAUGGCUUUUGUUGCUGCUGCCCUCGUGCAAGUGCAAAUAGAUAAAACCUAUCAAGUUUCCCCUGCAGCUGGGCAAACCCAAAUUAAAUUAAUAAAUCUGGGUGCUGUUCCUGCAACAGUUCAGUUCCAGCCUCAACUUCAGAGUGUGGAGGUAGCACCUAAUGAGGCGACUGGCUACAUGACAUUUGAGACUUCUAAACUGCAAUCAUUAGACAUAAUUUCUGCAACUCUAAAUAAAACUGAGCAUUUGGAGCUGCUAGAGAGACAGCGCUACACUUUGGCAUUUAAAGAGCGUCCAACAGACAUCAGUUCUACUUGGGUAGAGGACAAUGUCACAUCAAAACCAGGAAACAGAGAAAGUCUCGUGAGGUUCAUAAACAAUUUGCCUUUAACUGCCAAUGUUGUAAUGGACAACAUCAGAUUUGGAAAACUGUAUCCUCUUUCUGUCAGUAAUUACAGCAUUCUUCCAAAUCCAAGCUGGCCAUAUAUCAUUAGCGCUUCAACGGCUCUGACCUAUUGUGUAGUUUCUUCCAAGAUACUUGAAUAUGGAGUUGCCUAUACCAUUUCACUUGAUGAUUGUUUUGCUAGCAUACUUAAAGUUACGUACUUUGAAGAUAUUUUACCAAGUAAAGUCCAUAUGGCUUGGCAGAUCCCUCAGUAUUUUCUUCUUGCAUGCGCAGAAGUACUGUUCUCUGUCACUGGGCUGGAGUUUUCAUACUCACAGGCCCCAUCUAACAUGAAGUCAGUGCUGCAGGCUGGAUGGCUGCUGACUGUGACUGUUGGUAACAUAAUUGUCCUUAUCGUGGCUGGGGUAUCUGCAAUCCAACAGCAGUGGGCAGAGUAUGUGCUGUUUGCUGCCCUGCUGUUGGUAGUUUGCAUCAUUUUUGCUAUCAUGGCUUCUUUUUAUACCUAUAUUGAUCCAAAUGAGAUUGAAGCCCAGUUCAGCAAGGAAGAAAAGGAAGAAGACAAGAAGGAUCAAGACACCAAUGAAAAGGAAGCUGAAGCUCAUUCUCAACUGUAAAAGCUGUAUUCAAGGAGUGUCUGUAAAUCAUGGAAUCAUGGAAAUCUCACUCGCUCUCCUGCAGUCAGAGGAACCCAGGGUAUCAGUAAUAACACUCUGGAUUACAUGUACAAUGGGAGACAUUAAGCAAAACGGUUCUAACCUAAAGUGCAGCCUCUCUAGGGAAGCAACAGGAAAAUAUUAGUCUCUCUCUUGUACUGAAUGUGGUAUCCUGAAGAAACUCCAGCAGAAGUUGCACUCUUAAUGUACCUCAAUCUUAAAUAUUAUAGCAUUAUAAUAUUGAAAUUUGACUUGGAACUAUUGGACCCUUUGAAAAGAUGUAUUUUUAUACUGUAUUUCAAUUUUGUAUUGUGAAGGAAACAAGACUUGUCAAGGAACAGCAAUUGAAGCCAAGCUCUCUGCAUGAUCUCUCCAGCAUCACUGUUACUUGAAGACAGCAGGUCACACGUGCCUUAAAUUCUUUUGUACUUCCUUGUAGAUAAUGGGAGCAAAGCUCUGGCAGUGAUCAGAUUUAAAAUGUUGUCUGUGUUCCAAGUGGCAGGAACUGGGAUAUGCACUGUAACAUAAUGCUUUAUCUGCCUGUUAACUACCCAUUUAACUCCUGUUAUGUCUUUAGUUAAUAUUAGAAGUGCCCACUCAGGUGAAAUGAUAACAGCAAAUGACCUUUGGAACAAGCAAGAGCAGAGCAAUAAAACUUACAUAAUAACAAAA